AUGAACAAUAAUAAACUCGAGAAGCACCUCCUAAGCCGAUGCUACUCGUCGGAGGCCAAAGUGCUAGAAGUUCUCUCCUCCAGAUACUCCAUAAGUGGAGAUCAGAAACCGAGCCUCAUCCUUACACCAACAGGCUCUACCUCAUCAGAGAGAGCGCCAUCUACAUCACUACUCCAUACAAAGAGCACGGACAAAGUGACCAAACCAGCUUCUAAAACUGUGAGCACUAGACUUGAAUUGAAGAAAUAUAUAUCUACCACCCUCAACAAGCAACGUAAGCUUAUCAAGAUGAUCAACCAAAGCAAGCGUACAUCAUCGCCUAGCACAGCAUUUAUAACCAAGAAGCUUUCGCAGUACGAGAUACCGAAGUUCGAAGAGUUUACCGGGCUAAACAGUCUAUGGCAGGAGUACAUGAACAAUCUUCUAUUCCCGGCCUCAUCGCAUCAGCAGCACCAGCUUAAACUACCAUCGUUGGCCAUGUUGUUGCCCAAGCUAACCAGUGCAGACUACACUGGGUGCUUGUUGACAGUCUUACAGGCCAAGAACACACAGUUGGUGGGAAUGAGAGGUAUUGUGGUGUGGGACACACAGUAUCUGUUCAUACUAUGCAUUCCAAGGGACCAGGAUUCUAAAGAAUACACUGAAUCCGUGGAGAACUUGACAGAACUUACGGCAUCUACACGGGUAGGAGGGUUAAAGGCUAUACCGAAAAAGGGUUGUAUAUUUGGAUUCGAUGUGAUUACAGACGAAUCGAAAGACGAAUGCUUGUCAUUCAACAUUAUAGGCUCUAGAUUUGAAUUCAGGAAUGUCGACAGAUCGUCCAAGAAAUUCAAAAACCACAACGUGAACGACUUGUUGUAG